UUUGUUUUUUUCUUUUAUGCAUUAUACCACCAUGUUGGCUGCGCAUUUAAUUGCCUUUUACCUUUCCAAACCUCAGGAGAGCCCCAUAAGUAAGGUGGAUGGGUUUCUUCGGGCUAUGUGUCUGCGAGAAGAUCAAUUACAGAUUAUCUCAGUACUGUUUGAGGCUGAAAUGAAAAAAGGGCUUUCAUCAAAAAGCAGAGCUGUAGCUGCAGUGAAGAUGCUCCCAACGCAUGUGUGUGCCUCUCCCAAUAGAUCAGAGAAUGGACAGUUUUUGGCCUUGGAUUUAGGUGAAUCAUAUUUUAAAGUGCAACAGAUUAAAAUUAGAGAUGCAGUCGACUGUAGACAUAAAGAGGUGAAAAUACAAGAGAAAAUAGUUCCAAUUUCAAAACAGCUUCUAAAUGGCAGAGCAGAUGAGUUAUUUAACUUUGUUUCAAGAUCCUUAAAACAAUUUAUGUAUGAGAAAAACAUAAGUUUUGUGAGGAAACAUCCUCUGGCCUUCACAUUCUCUUUUCCUUGCGAACAACCCACCUUAAACGAGGGAUUCUUAGUAAACUGGACUAAAAAUGUCAGGACUCCAGGCCUUCAAGGAAAAGAUGUUGCUCUUGCUCUGAAAGCUGCAAUAGAAAGAACAGGGGGUAUGGAUAUAGACAUUGUUGCACUGGUGAAUGAUUCUGUUGCAACUAUGAUGACAUGUAGAUUUGAUGAUCCCCAGUGUGAUGUUGGACUCAUAAUUGGAUCAGGCACAAAUGCAUCUUACAUGGAGGAGCUGCGUCACAUUGAUUUAGUGGAAGGAGACGAGGGCCGGAUGUGCAUUAACACUGAGUGGGGAGCAUUUGGAGAUGAUGGAGUUUUGGACAACUAUAUAACUGAUUUUGACAGAGAGAUUGAUGCAGCAUCCACCAAUCCUGGAAAACAAAGCUUUGAAAAGAUGGUUAGCAGUUUAUACCUGGGGGAGCUGGUGAGACUGGCUGUAUUAAAAAUGGCCAAACAGGGACUUCUGUUUCAAGGAUCUGUGUCAAAUGCUCUGAAAACCAAAGGGCAGAUCACCACAACACAUGUAGCUGCCAUAGAGGAUGUUCAAAGAGGGCUUCAAAACACUAGAGAUAUCCUCAUGGGCCUGGGCUUAACACCCUCUGAUGAAGAUUGCAUAGCUGUUCAGCAUGUCAGCACUAUAGUAACCAACAGGUCCUCCAGUCUAGUGGCUGCAUGUCUGGUGGCUAUCUUGGUUCGGAUCAAACAAAACAGAAGAUCGACUCACAUUACUGUAGGUGUGGAUGGUGAACUGUACAGAAGGCAUCCACAAUACUCCAAACGUCUCCAGGGGGCAGUACAGAGGUUGAUGCCUGAGUUAUGUGUCAAGUUUGUGACCUCUCCUUGUGGCACUGGCACAGGGGCUGCUCUGAUCACAGUGGGAGCUGAGCAAGCUGCAUGGAAAAGGCAACAGGUUGAUGAAACGGUUCGUCUAUUUAAACUAAGCCAAGAGCAGCUUUUAUUGGUAAAGUCCAACAUGAGGGCGGUGCUUGAAUCUGAAAUGAAUAUGUUGCCCUCAUUUGUUUAUCAUUUAUCAAAUGGUACAGAGUCAGGUCAGUAUCUUGGUUUGGAGCUGGAGGAAACACGUGUCAGGGCUGUGCUGUUGAACAUCAGAAAUGGUCAGCCUCUACACCACACAAACCUUCACCACAAGAUCUAUGAAGUUCCCCUGCAGCGACUGCACACAGGUGCAGAGGAGUAUUUUGACCAUGUAGCUCAAUGUAUUUCUGACUUUCUGGAUUUUGUUGGAAAGAAAAACACUUGUCUCCCAGCAGCCCUCACGGUCUCAUUUCCUUGUGAGCAAACAGCAACUGACAAGGGCACUGUGUUGAACUGGUCCAGAUGUGUUAAGGCCACGGACUGUGAGAGGCAGGACGUUGUCACCAUGCUGAGAGAGGCCAUAGACAGACACGGUACUUUUGACUUGGACAUAGUGGCAGUUGUGAAUGACACUGUGGGGACCAUGAUAUCCUGUGCUUAUGAUGAUCCUCAGUGUGAAGUUGGACUGAUUGUUGGAACUGGGGUCAAUAUUUGUUACAUGGAGGAGUUGAAGAACAUUAAAAAUGCAUUUAGAAAGGAAGUCUUCACAGAAAAUAAAGAGAGUGAUAUAAGGUGUGCAGAAGAAACAGGAGAGGCAAGUAAGCAGAGGAUGUGUAUAAACACAGAGUGUGGACGACUUGGGGAAAAUGGCUCCCUUAAUGACAUUAUAACACCUUAUGACAUUCAGGUGGAUUUAGACUCACUACACCCUGGAAAACAACGCUCUUAUUUGUGUUUCAGAUUUGAGAAGUUGACCGGCGGGUUAUACUUGGGGGAGGUUGUUCGUCAGGUUCUGCUGGAUUUGACAAGGAGGGGUCUUCUCUUCAAAGGUCAUGAGAAUAUUGCUUUGCAAACACCUGGGUUGUUCCACAUUAGCUGUCUGUCGCAAAUAGAGAGUGGCCGUGUUGGAUUGUUACAGGUCAGGUCUAUUCUCCAGCAGCUGGGAAUCGAAAGCAGUUGUGAUGACAGUGUUCUUUUUAAAGAGGUGUGUUGUGCUGUGACAUGUCGCGCAGCUCAGCUCUGUGGAGCGGCGCUCGCUGCUGUAGUUGAUAAGAUGAGAGAGAAUCGAACAAGGGACAGUUUAAACAUUACUGUGGCAGCACAUGGAGAACUUUACAAAAUACAUCCUCAAUUCUCUAGAAUCCUCAAAGAGACAGUGAAAAGGCUCGCUCCUCAGUGCGCAGUGACCUUUAUGACCUCAGAAGAAGAAACUGGGAAAGGAGCUGCUCUCAUUGCAGCAACAGCAAGACAGAAAUUUAGAAGAAACCUGAGCACAAUCUUCAAAUCAUCACUGCGGAACGUGAAAUGGAUUCAGAUGAGGACAUGGAUGUCUUCUCAGAAAAGAGACAACAUUCUCACACUGCUACAAGAUUUUGUUUACAUCAUCCUCAAUUUGAGACAGAAAAGUUUGCGUGCGUCUGUGUAUGAGUACGUAACCAGGAUGAUCGCUGCCCAGCUACUAGCUUAUUACUUCACUGAACUCAAGGAUGACCAGGUUAAAAGGAUUGACAAGUACCUGUACUCCAUGCGCUUCUCUGAUGAGACGCUGUUGGACAUCACACAGAGGUUUCGCAGGGAGCUGGUCAAAGGACUAGGACGGGACACUAAUCCCACGGCUGCCCUGAAGAUGCUGCCAACAUUUGUGCACUCAAUCCCAGAUGGAUCAGAAAAGGGAGAUUUCAUUGCAUUGGAUUUGGGCGGAAGUAACUUCAGGAUCCUCCGUGUAAAAGUGAGCCACGAAAAGAAACAGACUGUUCAAAUGGAGAGUGAAGUCUAUGACACACCUGAAGAUAUUAUUCACGGGACAGGACAAAGGCUGUUUGACCAUGUGGCAGAGUGUCUCGGUGACUUUAUGGAGAAACACAAGAUCAAAGACAAGAAGCUGCCCGUCGGAUUCACAUUCUCCUUCCCCUGCCAACAAACUAAACUAGAUGAGGGGUAUCUUCUAACUUGGACAAAGCGCUUCAAAGCCAGUGGUGUAGAGGGAAUGGAUGUUGUUCAGUUGUUAAAUAAAGCUAUUAAAAAACGUGGGGACUAUAACGCAGACAUUAUGGCAGUAGUAAAUGAUACUGUGGGAACGAUGAUGACGUGCGGAUUUGAUGACCAACGCUGCGAAGUUGGAAUUAUUAUUGGUACAGGCACUAAUGCGUGUUACAUGGAGGAGCUGCGUCACAUUGAGCUGGUGGAGGGGGACGAGGGCCGGAUGUGUGUGAACACCGAGUGGGGAGCUUUUGGAGACGACGGCCGACUGGAGGACAUCAGGACCGAGUUUGACAGAGAGAUAGAUAGAGGCUCGCUGAACCCCGGCAAACAACUAUUUGAAAAGAUGGUCAGCGGCAUGUACAUGGGGGAGUUGGUUCGUCUCAUUCUGGUGAAGAUGGCUCGAGAAGGUCUGCUGUUUGAAGGCAGGAUCACACCAGAGCUGCUCACCAAAGGCAAAAUAGAGACCAAGCAUAUCUCAGCAAUGGAAAAGAACAAGGAGGGACUGUGCCGGACCAAAGAGAUUUUAGUCAAACUUGGUGUUGAGCCUUCAGCAGAUGACUGUAUAGCUGUGCAGCAUGAAGAUGGGAUUGACGGUGGGAUUGAGGAGAUCGUCAAAGUAUUCCUUCCACCUUCCAACAACAUCCAAGUCGAGGUCAACAGCUCUCCACCCGUACUGUAA